GACUUUCCCCUCCAUCUCGCCAACAACCUCGUUCCGGUAUAGCUGCUCUGCGUCUGCCACUCGUUUGUGAACAUUCUGUUAGCACUGAUACGUCCCUGCUGGCAAUAUCUUGACGCAGUCUCCCCCCGAGCUCGUGCCUGUGUCUCGCGUGGAUCCUUACUCAACUUUCCACCUUCACGAUGAAUUUCUUUAAGUCCAAGCCACGAACACCUCCGGAGCUCGUGAGAGGUCUGCGAGAUGCGCUUCCGAAGCUCGAUGCAGGACCACCGGGCGGAGAGACGAGGCGGAAGGCCAACGAAGAAGUGGCCAAGAAUCUUCAACAGAUCAAGGCAAUACUGUAUGGCGAUGGCGACCCGCUGCCUGAGCUUGUGGCUCAGCUCGCGCAGGAAACAUAUUCCACUGACCUUCUGUACCAUCUGCUGCUCAACAUCCACAAGCUCGAAUUUGAGGCGCGAAAGGACGUUGUGCAGAUCUUCAACAAUCUCCUCCGGCGCCAGAUCGGCACGCGCUAUCCGACGGUCGAGCAUGUCAGCAAGAAUAACGCCGUCCUCUUCGCUGCGUUCGAUGGGUACAAGAACGAGGAGAUUGCGCUGAACACCGGCAUGAUCCUCCGUGAGAUGCUUCGUCACGAGCCGCUCGCGAGGAUCUUGCUGCAUUCGGAACAGUUCUACAUGUUCCCACAUUAUAUUGAGACGACCACCUUUGGCGUUUCCUGUGAUGCCUUCACGAACUUGAAGGAGACUUUGACUAGGCACAAGACCAUGGUCGCAGAGUUCUUGGACAAGAAUUACGAUCGACUGAUAAUGUCCAAUAAUUACGUUACGAAGCGUCAAUCGCUCAAGCUAUUGGGCGAGAUCCUCCUCGAUCGAGCUAACUUCGCUGUCAUGACACGGUACAUCGCGAGUGAGGCCAAUUUGAAGACUAUGAUGAACCUUCUGCGUGACAAGAGCAAGAAUAUCCAGUUUGAGGCUUUCCACGUCUUCAAGGUAUUUGUGGCCAAUCCCAAGAAGCCUCCACAAAUAGAGAACAUAUUACGUCGGAACAAGGAGAAAUUAUUGGCAUACUUGCGAAAUUUCCACAAUGAUAAAGAGGACGAGCAAUUCACGGACGAGAAACAAUUCUUGAUUGUUCAGAUUCAGAACCUUUGAAUCAUCGUGCAGGUUUCCUCCUUGCCUUCAUAUGACCGAUAUCCACCGGCUCCGAGCUCUAGCAGUCCUAAAUACCGUCUCUUUUCUUCGAUAUCCGCUCGUCCCCGGCGCCGCGUGUCGUCAUCCGCUCAUGCCUCCCUUCUACUGCAUCUCAUUGCACCACAUAUCACAACAAGGAACACCCAGUGUAUUUUCUUCCCCUGUCCUCUUCUUGUUCGUGUAUCACCAUUGUGACAUUACCCUCUCACUUCCAUUCCCAAUGCUUCGCAGACAAGGUUGAUUCCCACGUCCUGUGCUAGUUAGCCGCCCACUUGCUCUCUCAUGACUUAUGCGUAUCUGCAGCAUGGUGUUCGACAGCAUA